AUGCCCGGCCCGUACCUGCCUGGCAGCAGAAGGCACGAGCAGCAGUACUACCACCACGCGAUGCCGCCCCAGACACACUCGCCCGUCCACCACAAUCCCUAUGCCGCGCCCUACCACCACCAGCAACACCACCACCAGCAACAUCACCACCAGCACCACCAGCACCACCAGCAGGCACCGCACCAUGGCCCUCUCCACGCCUAUGCCCAGCAGCCGCCGCCGUGGUACUCUUACCAGCAGCCGCCGCUCCAGUACGCCAUGCCUCCGCGCCCGUUCCAGCCUCAACCCCAUGCCUCGCCCGUCGUCGUCUCUUCGCAGCUGCACACGCUUCCCCCGCGCAUGCCCACGCCGGCGCCGCACUCGCCCGCUGCCAUGACUGUCGACGCCCCGCCGCCCUCGCCCCAUUCCGUCACAUUCAGGCCUUUCUACCCGCCUCUGCCCUGGCUGUCCGCCCCCGACUCCGUCUUCCCGCCACGCGCGACACCCCGCCGGCGAAGGCGCAGGGCUCCCGUUCACAUCGAGGACCAGGCUCUGGCCCUACCCUCGCGUGACGCCACGUACCUCGACCAAGGCACCCACGGCCAGCUGACCCCGUCCGAGGAGCCCGACGACUCGCAGGCUUCUACCAUACCGGCACCCUCUGACGCUGAUGUCGAUACUCCGUCCACCUCACACCCGCCUUCGGAAGUCGAUCUGGCGCAAUCUGCCCCGCCGUCUGCUGCAACACCAUUGCCCGUACAAUCGCCAGCCCAGCCUUCAGCCACUGUCAAGCAACACGCCCGCAACCCCACGAUCCCAGCCGUGCCCCGCGUUCCUGUCAAACCAAUACAGGCUCCCAGUGCACCUUCGAUGACGCAACAGUCGGUUAAAUCGCCCGCCGGCACUCAUCAGGAACACACCCAGAAUGGAGACACUACAGCAACAACACCCCACACAGGCCCAAACUCCGAAGAGACUCCAAAGGCAUCUCCGCCUCGGCCGGCAGCACCAAAAUCCUGGGCAGAGCUGUUGAGGGCAAAGAACACUCCCGCCGUCGCGCAGCCAGCUCCCUCUCCCAACAAUACCUUGGCUAUUUCCAACGGCCCUGUAGUACCUAGCAACACCACGCUUGCACACGUUCUGGCGUCUUUCUCAGUUGACGCCGAGACAAAGGCUUCCUUUAUCGAGCCUCGAGGGCUUGUAAACACGGGCAACUUGUGCUACAUGAACUCGAUUCUCCAAGUACUACUGUUCUGCGUUCCCUUUUACGACUUCCUUGAUCAGGUGGCAAAGCGCGCUGCGCACAGCUUCAAGUCCGAAACUCCUCUCGUGGAUGCCAUGAUCAUGUUCCUGCGCGACUUCCGACUCAUCGACUCUGCCGACACCGUCGACCAACUCCGUCUUCGGCUAAAAGGCAACGAGCUCGAGCAGUACGGCGACCCGCUCACACCAGAGUACGUAUACGACGUCAUAAAGCGUCUACCUCGAUUCGACAAUAUGAAGAGGGGUCAGCAAGAAGACGCCGAGGAGUUUCUGGGCUUCUUGCUUGCUGGACUGCACGACGAGUGCGUCCACAUCAUCAAGAGUGGCAAGCAGAGCCAGUCCGCAGACGCCGUCGCAUCCCCCGGGACCGCACGAUCAGGCUCCAUUGAUGGUGGUUGGGAAGAGGUUGGGCACAAGCAAAAAACUUCUAUUACACAAAAUUCUGGGGCGAUUGAUGUUGAAAGUCCCAUCACCAAGAUCUUCGGUGGCAAGCUGCGGUCGGAAUACAAGAGGCCAGGCGAGAAGGCCUCGGUCACACUUGAGCCGUACCAACCCCUCCAGCUCGAUAUCGGUGAGCCCAACACUAACAACAUCUCUGAUGCUCUCAAGAAUCUUACGCGUCUCGAGACGUUGGAUGGUGCGGCUCGGGGUUCCAAAGCUUCCACCAAACAAGUGCAUAUUGAGACCCUCCCACCAGUCCUCAUUCUUCACCUGAAGCGUUUUCACUACGACGAAAAGGGACCACAAAAGAUUUGGAAGAAGAUUGGGUACCCCUUGGAGUUGGAGCUACCGAAAGAGGUUUUUCCCCCGCAUAAACGAAGCAGCUACCACAUCCAAGGAUGCUUCCCGCGUUAUCGCCUCAUUGGGGUCGUGUACCACCACGGUAAGAACGCAAGUGGUGGCCACUACACCGUCGACCUCCGGCGCCAGGAGGGCAAGGAAUGGAUCCGAAUGGACGAUACCAUCAUCCGCCGCAUCCGCGCCGAGGAUGUCGCUGAAGGCGGCGCUGAAGAGGAUCCCAAGGUCCUCGCGGCCGGACUCGAGCAACACCAGAGCGAUAUGGGGAUGAGCAAGAACUACUUUGCCCGGAUUGACCUGGAUGAGCAAGGGACGGACAAAGGAGGCUGGAACCAAGUCAGUGGAGCCGAGAAGCAAAAGGAUAGCAUCAAGAAAUGGACUGGUGCUGUCAAUGGCACGACAACCCCCAUCUCACCGGGCAAGAGGACGCCACUGCCCAGCGAGAAUGUGCGCGACAACAAGGUGGCCUACAUCCUGUUCUAUCAGCGCAUGGAGAAUUGA